AUGUCGCCCGCAAAAUCUUCAAGCCCCGCAGAUGAUUCGGAUCCUCAGGAUGCUCGACCAACGAAGAAUGGAGAGGACGACGAAAGAAGAAGCAGUUCGAUCGCUUUUUCGCCCACGAGCUUCAAACCUCUAAAUCACCGCCGGUCUGCACCAAAACAUAACGACGCUGGUAAAUUCGAAUGUCAAAAUUGCCACCAAAUUUUUGAUCGCAAAUGCGAAUGGAACAAACACAUGGACAAGCACGAACGGCCAUACAAGUGCGACAAGCCGCAAUGCGCCAAGCUGCUGGGCUUCACAUACUCGGGUGGUCUUUUGCGUCAUGAACGCGAAGUCCACGGCAUGCACGGCGGACCCAAGGAGCAGCUCUUCUGUCCGAUCAAACACUGCAAGCGACACACUGAACAGGGCUUCACACGUCGUGAGAACCUGCAGGAGCAUCUACGCAGGGUGCAUAAACUGCAAGACGUGGACAGUGUAGAAGCUGCUGCGCAAGACGCACCCACGCCCGGAACCGCACCAUCUGAUCACGACUCUGAAGAUGAAGGCCGAGCGAGUAAGCGCAAGCGUAUGAGUGUUGUAAGUCAGAAUGAGGAAUUGCCGGAAGAGGACGUCCGAGCGGAAUUGAAGAAGCUGCGGCUUGACAACUUCGAGCUCAAGCGCAUGUGGGAGGCUCAACGCGAAGAGAUCGGCGAGAUGAAACAGCAGCUCAAACAGCUCACGACACAACAACACAUACAGCUGCAGAGAUGGCGACCCGACGGAACAGGAUGA